AUGGAGCUCUAUUCAGUCAACCUUGAAUCUUGAAAUAUUGACGAUUCAUAACUUCAUUACUUAAUCUGUCAAAAUUCUCGGUUACCUUCUGCAAACAUGUCUGACAGUCGUUCUCGUAGAAUUGGAAAAGAAUUAGCUGAUGUACGUCGGGAUACAGAAGCUGGAAUCCAAGUUUGGACCGUGAAUGAAUCCGACAUAUCUUGGCUUAAGGGAAUGUUCAAGGGCCCACCUGAUACUGCUUAUGAAGGUGGUUACUUUGUUGUCGAUGUUGAAAUUCCCAUUGAUUAUCCUUUUCGACCUCCUAAAAUGAAGUUUGACACCAAGAUUUACCAUCCAAACAUUUCUUCUCAAACAGGAGCUAUAUGCCUCGAUAUCUUGAAGGAUCAAUGGUCUCCUGUUUAUACCGUAAAAUCUGCACUAAUUAGUUUGCAGUCUCUUUUGUGCACCCCAGAACCUUCAAAUCCUCAAGAUGCACAAGUUGCCCAAGUCUAUUUACAAAACUACGAACAAUUUAUUCACACUGCUAAGGAAUGGGUGAGACUCUAUGCUCAACCUCCUUCAUUUAUAAAUGUGGAAGAGGCGAGCGACGCUUAUAAUGGAAUAGAUCCAAAGAUUAUCCAAAACUUGAAAAAUUUCGGUUUUGAUCAAAAUGUAAUUAUCCAAGCUUUGUCGAAAGAAAACAUAAAGUCACAAGAGGAUGUGGAUAAUUAUCCAAACGGAAUAAAUGGGGUUUUGGAUUUACUCUUACACUGAUUAUUUUUCGACCAAGAAAUAAAAAAUUACUUGGCCGAAAAGAAACUUUUUUGGUAUUAAGGUCCAAAAGUUUGGUUUCUACUAAAAAUGAAGGAAAACUUCUACUCUCACUUUUUAUUUAUCACUUUACGCAAAUAAGAAAUCAGCAUUUAUUCAUUCAUCAAAAUCAAUUUAAGCAUAAUUACGAG